AUGGAAACCGCAGGCUUGUAUGCCACAAAAGCUCAUGUGGGGCUGAACUCUCGCCAGUUUAGGGAGAUAUUCUUUGCAACCCAAUGGGAAUUCGCCAUUGAAAAACAUAAGCGUUCCUUGGAUCAAGAUGACCGACAAACAGUCGAGAGCUUCCGAUCGUGGAAUGACGUACGGGCGCAUGUUCUCAAAUAUGCUCCACGUCCCAUCUCACUCAUUCAUCCAGCUUUGGAGCACUUGAACGUAUUCGCGAACAUCUUUGCGGCUAAACUGGUAGCCUCGCUGGACUUGGCCUUUUUCUUGUCUCCCUCAGAGACUGAGGAACCGGAAACUUUGGCAAAAGUCCUUCGCAUGAUUAAACAACUGGUCUACCAAGCCGAAGCAUUCAAUGGCUUGUGCAGCUCUGAUGCUGAAAUGGACAAUUCAAUCAAAGAAGCCUGCUUUGAUAUGCAGGUCUUGUAUCUCGACUUCCUCAUUGCCUCAAUUGAAUACAUUCAUGGAGCCGGCGAGGCUCGACAUUUCAUUGAUUCGGCUCUACAAGGUGGCGGAAGCCCCUUACAGCUGAUCGAGCAUUUCUAUACGUGA